GAAGAAACAAAACAUAUGUCCUAACUCAUACGGCUCCACCCUCCCAGCUGAGGAGGACCACAGACUGACAGAUAUUGGAAUUGUAAGAGUGGAUACUACAUUUUGGCAAGUCACUGGACCCCUGAGCUCACUUGCAUUCCAAGUGAAGUCAUGCAGGAUGAAGACGGAUAUGUAGCCUUAAAUAUUAAAACUCGAAGACCAGCUUUCACUUCAGUUGACCCUGCAUCCUCUUCCUUGUGGCGUGUGAUGGCUUUGGUUCUUCUGAUCUUGUGCAUGGGGAUGGUUGUUGGGCUGGUGGCUCUAGGGAUUAUGACUGUCAUGCAGCAAAAUCUCCUACAAGCUGAGAAUGAAAAUCUUUCAGGAACUGUGCAACAAUUAGCAAAGCGCUUCUGCCAAGAUUUAAUAAAAAAAUCUAAAGAAGAAGCCCAUAAAUGCAGCCCCUGUGACACCAACUGGAGAUACUAUGGGGAUAGUUGCUAUGGAUUCUUCAAGCACAACUUGACAUGGGAAGAAAGUAAGCAGUACUGCACUGGUAUGAACGCUACUCUUCCGAAGAUUGCCAGCCAGAACAUUCUGGAAUACAUCAAAGCCAGGACUGGUUUAAUUCGUUGGAUUGGACUGUCCCGCCAGAACUCUAAUGGGGUCUGGACAUGGGAAGAUGGCUCAGUUUUCUCCAAAAAUCUGUUUGAGCUUCCUGGAGAUGGAAACCCAAAUAUGAAAUGUGCUUACUUUCAUCAUGGGAAAAUCCACCCUUCCUCCUGUAAGAACAGACAUUAUCUCGUGUGUGAGCGGAAGGCUGGGAUGGCAAAGGUGGACGAACUGCUUUAAUGAACGAGAUGAACAGGCCACAGACAGAUGAUUGAUUGUCCAAUAAAAAGUCUUGAUGAAAGAA